GGGCAACAUGAACAUCAUGCCGGCAGAGUCAUCAUUCGACCUGGGGCUCAAGCUGGAAGGGACGCAUGUUCUGGUCACAGGCGGGGCUGGUCUCAUCGGAUCAGCAGUUGUUGGCGCCUUCCUGUCCGCCGGCGCCAACGUAUCAAGCCUCGACAUCAGCUACGUCCCAGACCAGGCCCCUCCAGCGUAUCCCGGUCUCGAGCGAGACGGCCGUCAGCUCCUUGCGCUCAAGGCCGACAUCUCCGAUUCAACGUCUUUGACCACAGCAUGGGCCAAGGCGACGUCCAUCUUUGGAACAGUCGAGGUCUGUGUGGCGUUGGCAUCCCUUGACCUGUCCGUCCUCCCGCAGACGGAUUCGAUCAUGGAUGCAAGUCCUGAUACGUGGUCGCGUGUGCUAAAAAUCAACGUCGGAGGCACGAUGUUAACAUCUCAGCUGUGGCUUCGUGGCAUCCGUGAUCACCUGGCGCAGAAACCUGAGGUCAAGCUGAGGAACACGGCGUUGAUCCUGGUGGGGAGUGAAGCAGGCCACUUUGGCGUCCGCACCUGUGCCGCAUAUGCGGCAGCCAAAUCUGCCGUGCAGUACGGGCUCCUGCAGUCGCUCCGGGCCGAUGCACCGCGAGUGUUUCCACGCGCCAGGGUGAACGCCGUUGCGCCUGGCCCUGUCGACACGGAUCGUUUCCGCGAAGAGACGAAGGGGCCGGGUACCAAUGAAUGGUGGGCGGAGUGCCAGGCCACAACGGCGUUGGCUCGGCCUGUGCCGACGGAAGACGUUGCAAGGAGCAUUUUGUUCCUCGCGAGCGAGUCGUGGAGCGGCAGUGUGCACGGGAAAUGCAUAGACGUCGAUUCGGGCAAGGAGGGAUCUCUGAUGUGGGGUGCAUCGGAGAGCCCGACCGGGACGUCAGACCGUACUUCUUGAGUGAGCCCGUGAAGAGCAGCGACACAUACUGUGUACGCACUUCCAUGUUGCCCCGCAAGAUUUCGACGUCAGACAUCGAGCUCACACAUCUUGGAAAUAG